CCGCCCCUCCCCCCAUGGGGGAAGUUUUGGACAUGAAGUUUUAAUGGUUCUGUCACCCACUGGGUGGGCACUUGGCCUUAGAAAAUUACUGAAGUGUAAAUCGAUAAGUUGAUUAAAAUUGAUCAUUUCAAUUGAGGCGUUGGACUUGGUGAUUUAAUUGCCUUGAUUUUACUCAAUCCAUCCUGGUUCUCUCCCCUGCCCACCAGCUCCCCGCUCCUGUUAGGAUUCUCGACUUGCUCUCGAUUGCGGGAGGUACGUGUGGGGAGGGAGGGUUUUUUGCUCCUGUCAACCCCAGCUGGGUGCCUGUCACGCAGGGGUGGUGCGCGGCAGGUGGGGCCUGUGGCAGAUCAGGUCUCUGAAGCCCUGGGGGAUGGAGGGGCCGAUGGCGUUUAAGGGGGUUCAAUCAUCAUGGCACCGCCUCUGGCAGGGGCUUGGGCUGCUGGGCAGGGAACGAGAAACCACAAAUCGCGCCCCACCCCCCACUGACCUGUCCUGCUGGGUCCGUCUCGACUUUCAGAUCAGCCAGAGAGUCCGGAGCAGGGUGAGCGGGGAGCCAGGGCCAGGACCCCCGCCCCAGCUCGGCUUUGCUGCUGCUGAAUCGGACCCAGUCACAGAGAGGAGCCGACCCCAGCCCAGCGUCUCCAGCAGCGUGUGCGCCCGAGUGUCACUGAGAGAGACGAUGGGGCCAGCAGCUGGACCUGCUGGGAGCGAAGAGCCGCUGCAGGAGUGGCCUGUUGAGGGCCAUGGACACCUGGAGACUGGAGGGGAGCCAGAUCCUUGUCCUAACUGCAGGAAAUGUAACUACAAGACAAGUACAAUUGUGCUCGCAGUCGCCCUCGCAACCAUGUUCUUAGUUCUCAUCAUUGUCCUGGCAGCGUGGAGACCUAAGCUUCCGUCAGCUGAACCGGGGCCCGUUGCUGGAUCGGAUACCGAGGGAAAUGCUACAAUUUCUCUGAGGCCGAAAGGAACUGGACCUACAGCUUUCCUGCUGCGCUAUAAAGGCAGAUUUGACCACUGGAUUGGCCUCCGGAGGGACCCUGGACAGCUCUGGAAAUGGGCCAAUGGCACCAAAUUCAACAACCUGUAA